CCUAUCCUCUUUAAAAACUUUCUGUUCCAUUAAAAUACAAUCAAAACAGAAGAUACAGCUUUCAUCAUCGGCCCAAUAUUCAUUUAUUUUAUAAUAUUAUUAACUGAUAAUUGAGAAAGAAAGAAAAAAAUUUGUUAUAACUACAAAACGAAUCCACCACCAUGAGUCCAUGACACCAAGUUUUAUCUUUAAAAUCCAACUAACCAAAAUUCUCUUCUCUCUACUUUUUCUCUUGUCGGUGAAUUUGGAUUUGUCUACUACUCCAUCCACCAUCAUAACACCACCUGCAACCUUCCCCUCCUCUCUCUCUCUCUCUCUCCGACAUAUUUAUUCUCUGUCAUAGUCUCUCUCUCUGGCGAAACCCAGAUCGAAAAAGUCGGUCGACUCCUCUAAGAGUCUGUUUCUUUGGAGGGUUUCAAGAUCCUCCAUGGAGGGCGGCGGAGUAGCUAACGUGGCAGUCUCCGGGACGACGACGACGACGAGGAAGAGAGAGAGACCUUACAAGGGUAUAAGGAUGAGGAAGUGGGGCAAAUGGGUUGCGGAGAUUCGUGAGCCUAACAAGCGCUCUAGGUUAUGGCUCGGCUCUUACUCCACCCCCGAGGCGGCUGCUCGAGCCUACGACACGGCGGUUUUCUACCUCAGAGGACCGACGGCGAGGCUCAACUUCCCUGAGCUUCUUACCGGAGAGAAAUUUACCGAGGAGGAUAUGUCGGCCGCGACGAUCAGGAAGAAAGCAACGGAGGUGGGUGCUCAGGUAGACGCUUUGGGCUCGGCGGUGCUAGAUAACCGCCACCGUGUUUUUGGUCAGGACCAAGAGAGUUGCGAUGAUAGCAAGAAUUUUCGUCGGAAUUAUCAAAACGGUGAUGGAGAAGAACAUGAAGACGAUGAUGAAGAUGAGAAGAGGUUGAAGAGUGGCGGGUGGUUAUUGGAACGGGUUGACUUGAAUAAACUACCCGACCCGGAGAGCUCCGAUGAAGACUGGGAGAGCAAAUAAUAAUAUUAAUAUAAUUGGCGCGGUGGCGUGCGUUAGCCUACCUCUGCGAAAAUCAUUAGCGCCGUUUAUGUUUUUUUUUUGCAUUAAUUAUCUGAAAUUUUAGGGUUUCUAGCUGUUAUAUCUUUUUGCUACUUUCUUGUCUUUUAUUACGUGUUUUGUGGUUUAUGGAAUUUUAGGCUAUUGCUUAAAGAAUGCAAAAUGUAUAUUACAACUCAUUAAUACUUAUUAAUGAAAAUUCGCCUUGUUUCCUAUCA